AUGAACUCGCUCGAAUUAUUUUUUAGCAGAUUAUAUCAAUACGAUAUGUUAAAGCGAGAGAAUGAAAGAACCGGCAAUACUGAAGAAGUUGAACCUCCGAAUUUCGAUAUGAGCUUCGAUUUUGAAGAUGCUCCUCCGGCAACCGUCAUUGAGUUUGAUGAUAAAAAGAAUGAUAACGAAAAGAUGAAGGAACUUCAAAAUAGAUCACCCGUUCGCAAAGUGAAAUCUUCAAAACCAGUUAAAAAGGUUCCAACUAAAAAUCAGGUCAAACCAAAGUUGUCGAAAGGUAAUCAAAGGGUUAAGAAUAAUUUACGUAUCGAUAUGGUGGGUUAUGACCAAAAACAAAAUUACUCCAUUCGUUCGCAUUCUAAUAAGCGGAGAAAAGCAAGCGAAUAA